CUACGAACUUUUCUAGAUUAUAAGAUAUAGAUCUAGAUUCUACUUUAAAAAGAUGUUACAAAGUAAUUUGCAUCUUAUUUUAAGCAUAUUAAAUAAAUGUAUAGAUCUAGACCGUAAUCUAGCCUUGUUCUAUAAAAAGUUUAAAAGAAUUUUAACUGAAGGUGAAUAAAUUUUUUAGUUCAAAUUUCUUCGAUUAAAACGCUAUAUUGCACCGGUUUAAUAAGUGUAACAAUGCCAAAAAUUUAUUCCUUUAUUUUGUAGUAUGCAUACGAAACAAAUUUGAAUUAAGAAAUAACAAUACCUCCCUAGUUGUCAGAAGGGCAGUAAUACCAAACAUAUAACCUUUUUAUAUAAUUAUAAUCUAGAUUUAAGUCUAAACUAGAUUUUACUAGAUUCAGAGUUGCAUUAGUAAGAUCAAAGAUGUCUUUACGCUUUGCAUUAAGAGUGUGCAAACUAUUUCAACCUAGUAGAAUGCCUAGAUGUUUCAAUAAGACUACGAAUAUAAAUAUUCUGAAAUUGGAUAUUUUGAGUCAAAAUAACCUCCACAAGUUAUUUAACUCAAGGCAAACAUUUUGCACUGGCCUACCACAGAAAGAGAAAAUUUCAUCAUUUCCUAUUCCUGAUGCUAGCCAACUUCCAGAAGAUUUGCAAAAAUUAAUGGAAAAUGCAAAAGAAAAGGGUGGUUUUAUUCCUAAUGUUUUUCAAGCAUUAUCACAUAGACCUGAGGAACUAAGAGCAUUUGUCAAGUUUUAUGAUGCUAUAAUGGAGGAUAGAAAUGGGGGUCACUUAACCAAAGCUGAUAAAGAAAUGAUUGUUGUUGCUGUCAGUUCCUAUAAUAAAUGCAGAUAUUGCAUAAUUGCUCACAGUGCUUUGUUUAGAAUUUAUUCUAAAAACAAACUACUGGCAGAUCAGGUUGCUGCUAACUGGGAGACAGCAGAUCUUGAUGAAAGACAGAAAGCUAUUUUACAGUUUGCAAUGAAAGUUACUAAAUGUGAGGCUUUGUCAGAAAAAGAUUUUGAAACUCUCACUCAACAUGGCCUAGAUAGAGAAGAUGCUUGGGACAUUGGAUCUGUUGUGGCUUUCUUUUCACUUUCUAACAGAAUGGCAUAUCUUACUAGCAUGGUUCCAAAUGAAGAAUUUUAUCUUCUUGGGAGAGUACCUAAACAAAAAAAAUGAAGAAAACAUUUAAAUGUAUUUUAUUAUAUAAUUUGUUAAUUGUUCAUGUAUAUUUGUAAUACAAUGUUAUCCAGAUUGAUUUGUGCUACAUCCUUUUCCAUUAUUUUCCCAUUACUUAACAGGUGAUCACCACAAAGAACCAGUUGUUAAAAUUUAUUUUACUUUUAAUAGGCCUCAUCCAUAAAUGCACAUCUCAUUGUUCUACUAUCAUUGCUGCAUUUAAUUCAGUUUACAACAUGAAGAUCUGCAAGUCAAAUUUUGUAAUUUAUACUCCUGCUUUCUUAAUUUGUACUGCUGAAUUUGUAUGCACACUAUUAUAUAAUACAUGCUCUUUAUUUAAUGUUUCUAUAACAGAGGAUUAAGUAAAAUGCUUUGUGGAUCUGAUCUACAAAUCUAGUCAUGAAAAUACAAUAUCAAAAUACUUCUCAAAAUGUGAUUUUAACAAAAUAUUUUUUUAAUCCUUUGAUAGCUAAUCCUCUUAAUUCUUUCACUCCUGACGAUAUCAACAUUGAUUGGACCCCAUAAAAUUAAAUUAAUUUUUGAUUUUAUAAACUUUAAUUUGUGUUAGAUAAAAAGAACAUGUGUUCUUCUAUAAUUAUAUACCUUGUAUGCUAUAACAUUUCCUGAUUGCAUACAAAAAAGUUAUUGAAGUUAAAUCAUAACAGGGUAGUGGAACACAAAUGAGCAAAAUGAAUAAUUCAAUCAGAAUGUGGACAAUAAUUACAGAGAGAAAGACUUAACAUGAAAUAUACUUUAAAAAAAAAAAAAAAUAUAUAUAUAUAUAUAUAUAUAUAUAAUUCUUGAUUUAGUUAUGAUUUCAAUUUUCAAUGUAUAUUUCUGUCUCUCUAAAUCACACAUGAGAAUAAAAUGUACCUAUUGUUUUACUGAUAAUUUUUUCAAGUGAAAAUUUUAAUGUAGAAAGCUUCAACUGAUCAUAUAGAUACUAUAUAUAAAUAAUAGUAUUUAUACUGAACAUGCAUUAAAACUAUUUAAAACCAACAUAACCAAAUUUCUAGUUAAGAUAAACAUAACAUAUGGACACUUUCUUUUUUUAGAGAACGUAUUUAUCAGACAAUCUCUAGCUCUAUUUUUCUUUAUAACAAACUCAAUGUAAGGUUAAUUAUUUUCAAUUUGCAUAUUUUAUAUUCUGUUUUUUUUUUUUUUUUUUUUUGCUUAAAAAAACUUCAUUUGAAUCUUAUUGAGCUGAAUUUACCAGGUAAAGAAUAUAAACACUUCUAUUGAGCACUC